CUUGUUGUAAGGGCGAAGGGGGAAAGACGAAAGAAACGAGUCGAGUGUGUUUCAUGUAUAGUCGAGUAUUAUUUUAUUUUUGUUACUAAUACAUUUAUGUAGUCAUGAUUUAUAAUUCAUCAAGAUUUAAAAUUUAGAUCUCUCAAGCUUAGUCUACCCAUCAUUUCUUCGUUGACAGAGGAACAGGACUCUAUAGUUACAUACUUACAUUCGGUGCUUUGAGGUGCCGCUUUUUAGUUGCUCAAGACUGUUUGAAAGAUUACAAAAAUGAAGCAAACUUAUCCAAAUGGACUGAUGACUCCCGUCAUGGAGAAGACAUUGAUCAUGAAUCGUAACGCUCAAACUGUGAAACGGAGCCUUUUCUGGGGCUGCUUCAACGCUGCUCUCUUGGCUGUUAUUUCAUACGAUAUAAUGAAUACCUGUGCUUUAUAUUCAGAUACGCUGCACAAUAUCGAGUACUUCGUAGCUGCCGUCCUAUUCAUGAAUACAACUUAUCUAUUCUCGAAAUAUUUUUGGUCAUCAGUAAAUCUCACAACAGUAGAAAUGACUCCAAAGCAACAAAAACUUCUUGGAAAGAAACCAAUGGAUCCGCAGCUAGCCAGAGUCGCGAGGUGCGAAGUUUUUUCUCCAGGCACUCCGCUGAACGGUCCCGCCACACCCAUGAAUCUGUCAGCCGUCAGUUGGAUGUCAUCUCCUUCCGUCGUCUCACCGUCUGAUCUGGAUGAGACCUCCGGUUGUGUCAACUACUCUCUGUCGUCCUCAUCUUGGAUUUAUACUCCUGGAUCUCCGCAGUCGUUAGUCUCGUCUUCUUCUCCGCGAAUGAUGACAAUGUCGCCCGAUGAGUUGAUUCAAGACGAACAAUCGCUCAGAAACUAUUUGAAAGAGUACGAUGGAUUUGAAAAGAGCUCACUUGUUGGCUCAAGCGUUGAACAGCCGUCGAAUCUGCUGAGUACGUUUUGGUCACAUCCGGUCACCAGGAGUCCCACAGAAGCCAUGCCCAUGUUGAGGAGGUGCACCUACCAGCUGGCACCUGCUACACCAGUGCAGGCUAUCAAUACUACACGCUCUAACGAUGAAUCUGGAUCCCCAUUCUCUCAUUGCGAUGCUGAAAUUUGGAGACAAUUCAACAUCAACUCAAACAAUUUAAUCGGCUGGACUGCUAAUUUACGGAUGUGGAUAUCUCAAACGAUUCUGGAGCGUCUGGUGUCUGAGAUAAAAACUCUGAACUCAAGCUUGCAAAAUCAGGGCUUGGUAGAUAUUUGCAUUGGAGAAGUUGGAUUGGAUAGACUACGGAAAACUGCACAAAUUCCUCAAGUUGUACAAAACAUUCCAAGUCUUCCUGCUGUUGUACCGUUCUUGGAAGUGUCACCCAACCAAGAAUACGUUGUCGCUCGGAUUCAAGAAUUGGCUAAAGGAGGAUCAAUGAGCGAUUUCAAGUGGAACUCUGGAGGAUCUUUCGAUGGAAAGGAAUGGAGUGAGCAGUUGCCUACUGAUGCUGCUCUGGUGCUGCACUUAUGGGCGACUUACUUGGACUCCCAGCUUCCUCCGCUGCCGUUCACACCGGACGAGCGACCGUUCUCGUCACUCUACCUGCUCAAAGCACCCAACUCAUGCCCCAGCAAAGUGCCCAUCGCAAUCAGUCAGGUCACCAAGCAGCCGCCCCAUUACCAACUCGUUGUUGGUAAAGACACCUUGAACAUUCCCAAGGGCCGUAACAAUCUCUUCUACACGAUUCUAUUGUUCCUGCAUCACGUGAAAAGCAAAGAGCAUGGAAUGUUGGGUCGCAUGAAUCUUGGACAAUCCGGUGUAAAUAUGCUUUGGAUCUUGGGCUAGUCCUACAGAUCGACUUUUACUCAAAGUGAUUCUUGAUGAGUAACUCUUAAAAAAGUUGAUAGUUUUUAUCGGCCAGUACUUGAAAAUAUAAUAUCCCAAUUACUAUAUCUUUGUUUAUGAAUCGACUGUGUUUUGAGACAUGAUAUUUUAUCAUUAUAAGGUUUUGAGACAUGAUAGGCCUAUUUUAUCAUUAUAAGAUUUGUGAAAUAAGAGUUAAGCUAUUUUAAUUAGAUUGUUUGUAAAUAGAUUUUUGACUUGAUUGAUUCUAUGACCUUUUGUAACUUGAAAAAAUGAUCUAUAUGUGCAACUCACAAAAUAAAUAUUAGAUUUUUAUAUAAAAAAGAAAAAUAUAGUAUCCAUUUAUCUUGAAUUAAGAUGAUGAUUUGUUUUCAUUAAUCAGAGUUCUAACUGAUGAUUGAUGAUUUGUUCAGAAUGAUAAUUCUUAGUAAAGUUGAAAAAAUAUUAUGUACUGUACUGUUGAAGCCCAAUUGUAUAACACUUCUAAUAGGUUAAAGAAGCCAGUCUUUCCAAC